GCCAGUAGGCAAGAGAGCCAUUACUCUGCUUGUCCAGAAACAUUUCAGUGUGAUUGGCUUGAAUUGCUGCACCUUUCUGCCCUGUGCAUCCUUCCUGGAUAACUCUUAACUGUGCUAUCUAACUGGAUCCCUCUGCAGUAGCACAGCCCAGUGGGCUGCCAUCUUGAACAGUAGAAAAUUGGGUCUUUUGUUUUCUUCCUCAGGAGAACUAUGAUGAUCCUCACAAAACCCCUGCCUCCCCAGUUGUCCACAUCAGGGGCCUGAUUGAUGGUGUGGUGGAAGCUGACCUUGUGGAGGCCUUACAGGAAUUUGGACCUAUCAGCUAUGUGGUGGUGAUGCCCAAGAAGAGACAGGCACUAGUGGAAUUUGAAGAUGUGUUGGGUGCUUGCAAUGCAGUGAACUACGCAGCCGACAACCAGAUCUACAUUGCUGGUCACCCAGCUUUUGUCAAUUACUCUACCAGCCAGAAGAUCUCCCGCCCUGGGGACUCUGAUGAUUCCCGGAGCGUCAACAGUGUGCUUCUCUUUACCAUUCUGAACCCCAUCUAUUCCAUAACUACGGAUGUUCUGUAUACUAUCUGUAAUCCUUGUGGCCCUGUCCAGAGAAUUGUCAUUUUCCGGAAGAAUGGAGUCCAGGCCAUGGUGGAAUUUGACUCUGUGCAAAGCGCCCAGCGAGCCAAGGCUUCGCUCAAUGGGGCUGACAUUUAUUCUGGCUGUUGUACUCUGAAAAUCGAAUAUGCAAAGCCUACGCGCUUGAAUGUGUUCAAGAAUGAUCAAGAUACUUGGGACUACACAAACCCCAACCUCAGUGGACAAGGUGACCCUGGCAGUAACCCCAACAAACGCCAAAGGCAGCCCCCUCUCCUGGGAGAUCACCCUGCAGAAUAUGGUGAGGGCAGGGGGUUUCCUUCCGUGGACUCCCGUGGCUCAUGUGCCCCUGCCCGCCGCCCGCCUCGCAAAUUCUCACCCAUCCUCCCUCUCUUUCCUUCCCACCCCCCAGGAGGGCCCCAUGGUGGGUACCACAGCCAUUACCAUGAUGAGGGCUACGGGCCUCCCCCACCUCACUACGAAGGGAGAAGGAUGGGCCCACCUGUGGGGGGUCACCGUCGGGGCCCAAGCCGCUACGGCCCUCAGUAUGGGCACCCCCCACCCCCUCCCCCACCACCCGAGUAUGGCCCUCACGCUGACAGCCCUGUGCUCAUGGUCUAUGGCUUGGAUCAGUCUAAGAUGAACUGUGAUCGAGUCUUCAAUGUCUUCUGCUUGUAUGGCAAUGUGGAGAAGGUGAAGUUCAUGAAAAGCAAGCCAGGGGCUGCUAUGGUGGAGAUGGCUGAUGGCUAUGCUGUGGACCGAGCUAUUACUCAUCUGAACAACAACUUCAUGUUUGGGCAGAAGAUGAAUGUCUGCGUCUCCAAGCAGCCAGCCAUCAUGCCCGGUCAGUCAUACGGGCUAGAAGACGGGUCUUGCAGUUACAAAGACUUCAGCGAAUCGAGGAACAAUCGGUUCUCCACUCCAGAGCAGGCAGCCAAGAACCGAAUCCAGCACCCCAGCAAUGUGCUGCACUUUUUCAAUGCUCCCCUGGAGGUGACUGAGGAGAACUUCUUCGAGAUCUGUGAUGAGCUGGGAGUAAAGCGACCAACUUCUGUGAAAGUAUUCUCAGGCAAAAGUGAGCGCAGCUCCUCCGGGCUGCUGGAGUGGGAAUCCAAGAGUGAUGCCCUGGAGACCUUGGGCUUCCUGAACCAUUACCAGAUGAAAAACCCAAAUGGCCCCUACCCUUACACUCUGAAGUUGUGCUUCUCCACUGCUCAGCAUGCCUCCUAAUCAGGGGCCCAGGAAGAGCCACCUACGCAGGAAAACGGUUCUUUUCGUUUAUGCCAUUGGAGUUUUUUGGUUGUUUUUUUUCCUUUUUGCAAAAGUUCUUGUAUUCCUUUUUUUAAUGCUAGUUAAUAGAAGCUUAACCAUAAUGGAAAUGCUGGAAGUCUGGAGUGGGUGGGAGAGGGGAACUGAUAUCUCCCAAGAUUAACCUUCACUUUUUAAAAAUUAUUGUACAUGUGAUUUUUUUUCCUGUUCAUACAUUUGUGCUGCCCAUGUAUUCUUGGCACAUUUCAAUAAAAUUGUUUGGAAAAUAAA